AUGUGAAAGGCCGCGUGGUGACGUGGUCAGAUGUGAGCACUGGAUUGGCCAGCAAUCCUCCAAGUUCGUGGGAACAGGACCCACUUACGAACCAACAAUACUGGUGGGCAGUUGUAAAGCCAGUGUCACCUGCAAUCACUCACAUCUCCCUACUUCAGUCAUAACCGUUUACUCUCCCACUUACAGAAACCUAACAAAUCAAAUCGUCUAGAUCAAUUAAAAAUCUACUCCAAACCGAAAAGAUUAAACCCCGUUUGCCCAUAAAAACCGGAAGAGCACAAGUGGAAACCUGCGAAAUGAGCGGGGAAAGCAAAUACAAGUGAGAGAACGAGAACGAGUCAUUCGAAACUGCUCUUUCUAUAAAUCACUCUUUCUCACUUACCAAACCCUUUUCUUCGCUUCACAGAUCUAUCUACUGAACUCAAUUUUCAGUUAAAGUUCAAAGAUGGAAACUUUUCUCUUCACUUCUGAAUCUGUCAAUGAAGGUCAUCCCGACAAGCUUUGUGACCAGGUUUCCGAUGCUAUCCUGGAUGCCUGUUUAGAACAGGAUCCUGAGAGCGAAGUUGCUUGUGAGACUUGUACCAAGACUAACAUGGUUAUGGUGUUUGGUGAGAUCACAACCGAGGCGAAAAUAGACUAUGAGAAAAUAGUUCGAGAUACUUGUAGACGUAUUGGGUUCACAUCAGCCGACGUUGGCCUUGAUGCUAAUAAAUGCAAGGUUCUUGUUAAUAUUGAGCAACAGAGCCCUGACAUUGCCCAAGGAGUUCAUGGGCAUCUCAGCAAGAAACCUGAGGAAAUUGGAGCUGGUGAUCAGGGACACAUGUUUGGCUAUGCCACUGAUGAAACAUCCGAGCUCAUGCCACUAACUCAUGUCCUUGCUACCAAGCUUGGUGCCAAGCUCACUGAGGUCAGAAAGAACAACAAAUGCCCAUGGUUGCGGCCUGAUGGUAAGACCCAAGUGACUGUUGAGUAUCGUAAUGAAGGUGGUGCCAUGGUCCCAGUUCGAGUUCAUACCGUUCUCAUUUCGACACAACAUGAUGAGACUGUUACCAAUGAGAAGAUUGCUCAAGACUUGAAAGAGUAUGUGAUUAAGCCUGUUAUCCCUGCUCAGUAUCUCGAUGAGAAAACCAUCUUCCACCUUAAUCCUUCAGGUCGGUUUGUUAUUGGUGGACCUCAUGGAGAUGCUGGACUCACUGGUCGGAAAAUCAUUGUUGAUACAUAUGGUGGGUGGGGUGCUCACGGUGGAGGUGCCCUCUCUGGAAAAGAUCCUACCAAGGUGGAUAGGAGUGGUGCGUACAUUGUUAGGCAAGCGGCAAAAAGUGUAGUGGCUUCAGGGCUUGCACGCCGUUGUAUUGUGCAGGUAUCUUAUGCAAUUGGUGUGCCAGAACCACUUUCAGUGUUCGUUAACACUUACAUGACAGGAAAAAUCCCAGACAGUGACAUUCUCGCUUUGAUUAAGGAGAAUUUUGACUUCCGGCCUGGAAUGAUUGCUAUCAAUCUUGAUCUGAAAAGAGGAGGCAACUUCAGGUACCGGAAAACGGCAGCCUAUGGUCAUUUUGGUCGCAAUGACCCGGAUUUCACAUGGGAGACUGUUAAGCCCCUUAAGCAAAAGGCCUAAGUGUGUGAUUUUGGCAGGGUAUUUUUGGCAAAUGGUUAUUGUCGUGGCCAUCAUUCUGCUUGUGGGGGAGAAAUAAAGAAAAGCGUAUAAUCACAAUCAUCAUUCUGCUUGUGCGGGGAAUAAAGAAAAGCUUCCAUGCAUAUGUCUGAAAUAUAAUUGACAUUUUUCACUCAGGUCUGCGGUGGUACCGGGACAUAUGCUUUACAGCUGAGAUAUUAGCAAAUCUAGGAUCCUGUUAUAUUUGUCAUAUGUUUUUCCCUCUCAUUUUAUUUCAUUUUCUUGUAGUUAUAUUGUUUCUGGAACAUCCAAUUUGUUUACCGAGAAUGUUAUGUGAUUUGAUCAAAUUUUGAAUUUA